AGUAUCUACAUGAUUGGCUUCGAUUGGCUCUAUAUCUUUCUCGCUACCUCCAGGAAAAAAGAGAGAAGAAAAUAAGAUAACUCAAACUUUUGCUUCUUGAUUCAAGAAGGAAGGUUCAACCGCUGGCAAAGUAUUGCUGCGCAUAAUCAAUGGCUUCAACUCUGUUUCUCAACUCAAUCCACCCUUCAUCCUCAGUUUCCUCCAAGACCCACUUCUCAAUUCCCAUCUCCAAGGAUCGUCCACUGGAUUUCUCUCCUUGUCACAGCUCAAGAAGUAGCAAAAUCAGUUUACAGAAGAGGAGAUGUACCCAACAAGUGAGAGCCACUGUAGUUGAAUCCCCCGUGGCUCAAGAGGAUAGCUCGGAUGCCAAAGCGGCGCCGAGCAAGAAGCUCCGGGUGCUUGUCGCCGGAGGCGGCAUCGGAGGGCUGGUUGUCGCACUGGCGGCGAAGAAAAAGGGGUUUGAGGUGGUGGUGCUUGAGAAGGACUUGAGUGCAAUUAGAGGGGAGGGACAGUACAGGGGUCCAAUUCAGAUACAGAGCAAUGCGUUGGCUGCUUUGGAGGCUAUUGACAUGGAGGUUGCUGAGGAGGUGAUGAGGACUGGUUGUAUAACUGGGGACAGGAUUAAUGGCCUUGUUGAUGGGGUUUCUGGUACUUGGUAUAUCAAGUUCGAUACAUUCACCCCUGCGGCAGAGCGGGGGCUUCCAGUCACUAGAGUUAUUAGCCGAAUGUCCCUUCAGCAGAUUCUCGCUCGAGCAGUCGGGGAAGAUGUUAUAUUAAAUGACAGUAACGUGGUUGACUUUGAUGAUGAUGGCACAAAGGUUACCGUCAUUCUUGAGAAUGGGCAGCGUUUUGAAGGUGAUCUCCUAAUUGGAGCCGACGGCAUAUGGUCGAAGGUGAGGAAAAGAUUAUUUGGGCCAAAGGAUGCCACCUAUUCAGGCUAUACUUGUUACACCGGCAUUGCAGAUUUUGUACCAGCUGACAUUGAGACUGUCGGGUAUCGAGUAUUUCUGGGACACAAGCAGUAUUUUGUCUCUUCAGAUGUUGGCGCUGGAAAGAUGCAGUGGUACGCAUUUCACGAAGAAGCACCCGGUGGUGUGGAUGGUGCAAAUGGUAAAAAAGAAAGGCUCUUGAAAAUAUUUGAAGGUUGGUGUGAUAAUGUGAUAGAUAUUAUACUUGCCACGGAUGAAGAGGCGAUUCUUCGACGCGACAUUUAUGACCGCACACCGGCUUUUACGUGGGGAAAGGGUCGUGUGACUUUGCUUGGGGAUUCCAUACACGCUAUGCAGCCCAAUAUGGGGCAAGGGGGAUGCAUGGCCAUUGAAGAUGGUUACCAACUCUCCCUGGAGCUUGAGAAGGCAUGGAAAAAUAGCGUUGAAUCUGGGACCCCAAUUGAUGUGAAUGAUGCUCUGAGGAGCUACGAGAAAGCCAGACGGCUAAGAGUUGCUGCCAUCCAUGGAAUGGCAAGAAUGGCUGCAAUAAUGGCCUCGACGUACAAAGCUUAUUUAGGUGUGGGUCUUGGUCCACUCUCGUUUCUGACGAAGCUUCGGAUACCACAUCCUGGAAGAGUUGGUGGAAGAUUCUUUAUAGACAUCGCGAUGCCAUUGAUGCUCAACUGGGUAUUGGGUGGAAACAGCUCGAAACUUGAGGGUAGGCCACCUAGUUGCAGACUCUCAGACAAAGCAAAUGACCAGUUGAGAAGAUGGUUCGAAGAUGAUGAUGCAUUGGAGCGUGCUAUGAAUGGGGAAUGGCUUCUUUUACCAUUUGGAAACAAGACUAGUCCACCGCAACCUAUUUGUUUAAGGAGAGACGAAAGCACAAGCUGCAUUAUUGGGAGCGAACUAAAUGAUGAACUUCCUGGCAUUCCAGUGACAAUACCUUUGCCACAGAUUUCAAAGGUACAUGCUCAAAUCAGCUACAAGGAUGGUGCAUUUUUCGUGACCGAUCUGCGGAGUGAACACGGUACCUGGAUCACCGAUAAUGCAGGGCGUCGGUAUCGUGCAACUCCUAAUUUCCCGGCUAGGAUUCAUCCCUCGGACACCAUCGAGUUUGGUUCAGACAAGAGGGCGAUGUAUCGCGUGAAAGUCGUGAGGUCUCCUACGAAAAUUCCAGAGGCUGAAAGAAGCGGAAUGCUCCAGGUAGCAUGACAUGCCGGAGUCAGACACUCGGUUUGUACAGCGAUUGAUUGAAAAAAACAUCGGAGUCGAAGCGCCAUAGAGCUCGACGAUUUCCAACACAUUUUAGAAUUUCUCACACGGGGAAAGAUGUCAUUGAUUGAUCUCAUAACUAGUAGUGAAAUGAAAGUAUAUUGAUUAGUGAUUCGA